AGACUAUAUAGUCGUGUUAGUCUGAGUGUGGUAGAGUGGUGGAUUGAAUUAAUCUAAAAGAAAAAAAAACUGUAUAAAGGAAAAUUUAAUAAAUACUUACCUAAUUAUAAUUCUAUAAGGUACAUGAGAGGCUCUUUUAGCUAUAAAUGUCCAUUGUACAGAAGAGUCAAGAUAUUAUGCAGACUGACGUCUUCCUAUGCUUUAUAGAAUAUGAGAAAGCGUUUGACAAGGAAUGGCGUUUCGUCAAUAUCAACUGCUUCGAGCAGUUUUACUGGUAGGGACAGUUUCCCUCAACACUUUGUGUACUAAUUGGGCCAGACAAAUGAUGUCUAAAGGAUCCGAUGGAGCAGAGAGACUAUUCAAUCAUCCAUUUUUACAAGCAGCUGCAAUGUUUGGUGGUGAAACUUUAUGCCUAUUAGCUUUUAAAGUGGUUUACGUAUUAUCACGAAAAUCUGAGGAAAAUGUUCUUACCAAGGGGAAUCGAAAUUUCAACCCGAUUAUACUUUUUCCAGCUGCAGUGUUUGAUUUGCUUAGUACUGCAAUUAUGUACAUUGGCCUUACCUUCACAUAUCCAAGGAGCUUACUGAUGUUCCGAGGCUCUGCAGUUCUUUUUGUCGGAGUGCUCUCUACCGUAUUUCUAAACAAGCAUAUACUAUUAAAAGAAUGGCUUGGAAUGGCAAAUAUAACGAUUGGUUUUGUGAUUGUUGGAGUCACAGAUGUAAUUUUUGCUUCGUCCAAACACCACAAGGGGCAGAACAGUUUGCUAACUGGAGAUAUACUUAUUAUAAUUAGCCUACUGAUCUCAGCAUGUCACAUGGUUUAUGAAGAGAAAUUUAUUUCCGAUUUGGACAUACCACCCCUGCAAGCAGUGGGCUGGGAAGGCAUAUUUGGUUUCUCUAUGAUGUCACUUCUACUUUUUGUUUUCUAUUGGGUGCCACCCUUACCUCACUUUGGCUAUCGGCCCAAUGGAACUAUUGGAGACGCCAUUGAUGGACUGGUUCAAAUUGGUAAUAAUAAUUUGUUGCUGUGUACUGUAUUGGGCUCGGUUAUCUCUGUAGCAUUGUCCACAUUUGCUGGACUCAGUAUUACCAAGAAAGUUUCAGCCACACACCGCAUGGUUUUAGAUUCCAUUAGAACUAUUGUGAUUUGGAUGGUGUCGGUUUUGGUGAAAUGGCAAGAGUUUUAUUGGUUACACAUUGUUGGGUUUGCCGUUCUUAUUCUAAGCAUAUGCAACUAUAAUCGACUACUGACAUGUAACGAUAGAACAGGUGAUGACGAUGAUGAAGAUUUUAGUAUUUUAAACAUUUAGGCAGUUGUCCAAGUCUGUUCGUUUUUUAAAGGACUAAAUUUCCGUUUAUUUUAACAAUUACGUGUAUAACCUUGAAACAACCGACCCCUAUUUUAUUUUAUUCUUUACACCUUUCAUUAUUUUUUACUUGUAAAUUAUUAAAGUUCUAAUAAGAUAUAUUUUUGCAAGUUCCAUUUGAAUAUCUUUGUUUUUUUUCGUGUUACUAAGCUACGGAGGCAGUACAUGUAUUUUUAAAAUGUAUUUUUUAGAUUUCACUUUUCUUAACUCGUUCAUUUUACUAUGUAUUCAAAUAGAUAAGCCUAAGUUAAAGGCUAUUUAAUGUUUAUAUAACUAGUGAUUACCUAUACUCUUGUAUUAUCUUGCUAACAUAUAAUAAAAGGCUUUCCUUUUAUUACUAACUGC